UUUGUAAAUGCGCACUGUCGUAUUUUCAUGUGUUUAUGUUCAAUGAAAAACAAGGAUUUGAAGAAAGUCAAAAAAGUUUGUCGUUGUCAUACUAUCAAAAUAAGACAUCAUAGUACUUAUAGAAUUUUAAGUCCAAUUCAAAACUACAAAUGCAUUUUUUAAAAAGAUUAUCAGGAAUAAUCAACCUACAUUACAAACGCUAUCCAAUAAGAUGUUUAACCUCCAAAUCGUGCGUAAAUGUAAAAGAUGAAGUAGAACAAAAGGAAAAAAAUAUUUUGGUAGAUCAUUUUGAAGAAAUUUGUAUGAUUGGUAUAAACCGACCAGAAAGGAAGAAUGCUUUAAAUGUUGCUGCCGCACAAGAACUAUUGGAUGAAUUAGAUAAAUUUGAAAAUGAUGAAAAUUUUUUAGUUGGUAUCCUUCAUGGUAUAGGAGGGAAUUUCUGUAGUGGUUAUGAUCUUAAAGAAAUUGCACAAUAUGAUGGAAACAAUGAGGAAGUUUUACCUCACUUUGGGCCAUUGGCUAAUAGAAUUGAGUUAUGUAAAAAACCCUUAAUUGCUGCUAUAAGUGGAUAUGGUUUAGGAAUAGGCUUCGAACUUGCCUUAAUGUGUGAUCUCAGAGUAAUGGAAGAAGGUGCAGUAUUAGGAUUUACAAAUAGACGGUUUGGCAUACCUAUAUUAUGUGGUGGUACUGUCCGAUUACCUGCUUUAAUUGGUUAUUCAAAAGCAAUAGAACUGAUAUUAACUGGUCGUUACAUCCAAGCAAAAGAGGCACAUUCAUGUGGUUUGAUUAAUCGUUAUACAACUACUGGCAAUGUGUUAGGCACUACAUUAAAUUUGGCAAAAUCAUUUGUGAAGUUCCCGCAAAAAACAUUGCUUGCAGAUCGUGCUUCUGCACAGUUUGCAACAUUUUCUGCUAAACAAUUAGAAGAAGCUAUACAAUUUGAGAAAGAUAAUGCAUCUCAUUUACUAUUUGAAGAAGGAGUUGCAGGAGCAAAAAGGUUUGUUACAGAAGGAUUAGGAAAACAUGGAAAAUUUUAUAAUAUUACAAAAGUAGAAACUAAGUUUGAGGAAUUUGAUAAAGAUCUUUUAUAAAGAUCAUAUAAAAGUACUUAUUCCUAAAGACUGCUAUAUGCAUAGGAACAAAUGAUACAAAAUCUCAUAUAACUGUUAUGUAAUAUACAUUUAAAAUGUAUCUAAAUUUUCUACUAUGAUUAAACUCCUUUACUAUGAAUACAAUCACGUUAUUUUGUGUGUAAUACUCCCUUUCUUUAAAGAAGAUUUAGCAGAUAAAUUUUUCUUAAGCAAGGCAUGAGAUUUUAAUAGUAUAUCAGUGCAUCUUCUUGCUGCUUUUCCAGUAAGGAGUGGUGUUAUAUUAAUCAUUUGACCAUUUAUAUCUCCUGUGUAAAUAAUAUUCAUUGAAAAUAAUAUUUCACAUAAUAUUAAAAACUUACGUUCAAAUGUAACUAUUAGAUAUGUUAAAUCCACUUCAAAAACAUCAAAACCAGAUAUGUAUGGUUCAAAAAUGGAAACUUUCCUUAAUUGGCAGUUAAUUUCAUCACAUAAAUCAAAUUCAGCUAAAAAUGUGCUUUAAUAUAUUCAUUAAAAAAGUAAAUACAAGAAAGUUAGAAUAUAACCUACUCACUUGUACCAUCUAAUCCUAUUAUAUCUCGAAUAUAAUUCAAUAUUAACUUAAGUGGACAAUUAAUAUUUAUUAAAAUUUCUUUAUCUGCUUCCUCCAAUUGUGUAUUUUCCUCAUUAUUAGUAACAGGUACUGUGAAAUAAAUAUACACGAUAUAGUAUUCAUUUAACGAACAUUAUUUAAUGAAAAUAUUAUUACUAGAAUAUUUGAUUCGUAUAAUCGACAUCAUGUUACGAUUGUCAAUAUUAUCAACUUUGCAUUUAGUAAAUUUCGGAAUAUUAAGGUAUGAAUAAUGGAAAAGGAAAUUAACAAAUUGGCUUGAUCAAAUUUGUUCUACGCAUUCUCUUCGCGAAGGAUACAAGGUUAAAAUAAUCGAAAGUCAUUCGAUAUUUCAUUGGUAUACAGUUCUUGUAUUGAAUUUUCAAAUUUGAUAGUAAAUCAUACGAUCAAUUUAUUUAUAAUAUAUAGUAGCUCGAAAUUUGGAACAAAUCCGAAAAUUACAUAGAAGAUAUUCUGUGCAAGUAUACAUUUUACGAUCACAUAAGUAUCUAAACGGUCAAUUAUUUAUCACAUUAAUAAGUCUCAAUAUUCAGUAGGACCAUUUUUAAUCUUUAUUAUUUGUUUAAGAUGCUGUGUACUAUAUUUUUUUAUUAAAUAUACGUUUGCUUAAAAUGUUUGCUAUUAUAAUAACAUAAUCACAGAAUCGGCAAAGGAAUCGACAUAGAGAUCAUUGGAUUCAAUUCGUUCAUAAUAUUUUUCGUCAUCUAUACUAAAGCUGGUGCAUCGACGUAACAAUAUGUGUAUUGGACAUGCCGUCAAUGAUGGGUCGCAGAUUUCCUCCGGGCGGUCGUCGACGCGUUCAUUCGGCUGGAAUUUCAAAUAAUCGUGGAAUUUCAUAUUCAAGUUGAACAACGACCGUCCAUAGGUUUAAUUGGCGAAAGUAAUGCGAGCCGGCCAACUACCAUCGAGCCGGUUAAAGCUGUGUGACGAAACGAGUGCAGGUGGCGGUGCAUUGUUGCGCAAUCGUUCAUAUCCCUCCUCCUCCUCCUUCUUGUAACCAGGAGUCAGGACGAGAGUCCCCUUGGUAACCAGAAGGCCUUCCCCACCAAGUGCCUUCCUCCUUGCACGACCUGGUGAAUGUUGCGCGUACUUAAAUCUACGCGAUCAUCUCCGAUCGUCUUUUCCUAGGAUUUGCUUUUCUUCUCUAACUUUUUCUAUCGAUUGGUUACGUUUUCCUUUCGUUAGAUACGCGUUAGGAUAUUCGAUUUUGAGAUUUAACUGAAGAAAGUAAUUAAUAUUUGAAGAAUUGCAGCAAUUUUAUUAAUGAUUAAUAAUUAUGAUAUUAAUAAUAUUAGUAAUUAAUAUUUGACCAAUUGUCGUGUAUGUAUGUACAUAUUAUUAAGAAAUUUAUUAUAAUUGUUAUGUUUUUACAAGAAAUAGAAAGCAUACAGUCCAGAUAAAGACUUCAAGUAUCAAUUACAAAAGAAAUAAUUGGAGAAAUGUCAGCUCGGUGAGAUCUGUACAUACAUACGUAUAAGGAAGAAAAGUGUACAUAAUUGCAAGUUGGAAUUAUACUGGAGAAUUUGAGGUAUAAGCUUUAAUUUAUUUGAGUAAUUUAAAAUAUUCUUUAUAUAGUUCUUUAUCUUGUAAUAUGAUGGAUUGUAAGAUUCAGGAAUUAUUAUUUGAUUGAGUAUUAUUUGAUGGGAGUUAUUACUUGAUGGGUAAGGAGAAAAAGAUAACAAGUCCCACGAGAAUACUUUAUCGAGAAAAUAAAAUUUUAAUAAUUCAUAUUUUAUUGUAUUUUUUAUUUUCUACUUUAUUCAGUUUCAUUUUAACAAAUUUAAGUUUUAUGAGAAUUGAGUGUAAACUUCAUUUUGUCUAAAAUUUUUCUCAAUUUUAACAGAAUAAAUGUUAAGUAGCAUUUGUGAAAAAGGGAUGGAACAAGUAUUUUCAAUGUAUAUUCGCAAAUGAUAAUAAUAAGCAGACAAGACAAGGAAGAAAUGUGCAAAGGAUAAAAGGGCGGUUCCCAGGAUCUUCUUUCUGAUUAAACUUGUCGUGUACGUGGCAUUUGAGAGGAUGAUGCCAGAGCCUUUCACGAAUCACCAGUCGAUUCUACGGUGUGUUAUUGUUGCUGACGAACUCGUGAAACAAAAGUUGCCUUCGUUGGGAGAGGCGAAUCGAUGCGUUCAUGUUCUUCACGAGGAAGCGAGGUGUGAAAGUCGUACAUAUUUUUAAUGUUCCUGAUAGUUUCUAUCUUUUAUUACUUAUUGUACGUUUCCUCAUUUAUAUGAUUAUAUAAAUAUAUUAUUAUUAUUA